AUGUCCACAUCUCUCAAAGACUCCAAUAGCUCGAAAUUCCAGGUCUCUGAGUUCAUUCUACUGGGAUUCCCAGGCAUCCACAGCUGGCAGCACUGGCUGUCCUUGCCACUGGCACUACUCUAUCUCUCAGCAAUUGGUGCAAACAUCCUCAUCCUCAUCACCAUCUGCCAGGACCCUUCUCUGCAGCAGCCCAUGUACCUGUUCCUAGGCAUCCUCUCUGUGGUGGACAUGGGCCUGGCCACCACCAUCAUGCCCAAGAUCCUAGCUCUCCUCUGGUUUGAUGCCAAGGUCAUUAGCCUCCCUGAGUGUUUUGCUCAGAUUUAUGCCAUUCACUGCUUUGUUGGCAUGGAGUCUGGCAUCUUCCUCUGCAUGGCUUUUGACAGAUAUGUAGCUAUUUGUCACCCUCUUCGCUACCCAUCAAUUGUCACCAAUUCCUUAAUCUGUAGAGCUACCCUGUUCAUGGUGCUUAGAAAUGGCUUGUGCGUCAUUCCAGUGCCUGUGCUUGCAUCUCAACGCAGUUACUGCUCCAAGAAUGAAAUUGACCAUUGUCUGUGCUCUAACCUUGGGGUGACGAGCCUGGCUUGUGAUGACAGGAGACCAAACAGCAUUUGCCAGCUGGUCCUUGCAUGGGUUGGAAUGGGGAGUGAUCUCAGUCUUAUUAUAUUGUCGUAUACUUUGAUUCUGCGUUCAGUCCUCAGACUGAAGUCAGCUGAAGCUGCAUCCAAGGCUCUGAGCACUUGUAGCUCGCAUCUCAUCCUCAUCCUCUUCUACACUGCUGUAGUAGUGGUUUCAGUAACUCACCUGGCCGAGACAAGGGCUCCCUUGAUUCCAGUUUUACUCAAUGUGCUGCACAACAUCAUCCCCCCUUCCCUGAACCCUAUGGUUUAUGCCCUGAGGACCAAAGAACUUCGGGCAGGUUUUCAAAAGUUGUUUUUUGGGCUUACACAAGAAAUAAGACAUGGGAAACUCCCUAUGUGA